AUGGCUGCAACCACUGGCCGCACCGUAUCCAACGGGAGUCCCUCUGCGAAUGGCACCAUCAAAGUACCUGCUACAAUGGUAGAGCGGGCACCUUCUCAAAAGUCCAUUCCACCGGACGGCCAUCUACUCACCGGCAAGCAAGAGCACUACCUCAAACGCGAACUCAUCUCCCGCGAGGUCCAUGAUGAAAUCAACGAGCUCAACAGUCCCACCGCCCUACAGCGCUUUGGCGCACCUUUCAGAUCGCCGCUGGGGGAGGUAGCUCCUGUUGAUUCAGAGCUCCCAAUUCUCCGAUACAUCUUCGUUAACCAUGUCCGGAAUUUCCCCUUCCUCGACCAAGCAAAAGAGCGUGAAUUCUGGCAGGAUAAACUGCAGGUCUUCCUUGAGUCCUUUGCGAGCAAAUACAUCUCAUCCUCCGAGGACAGACUCGAGGAGACCAAGAGACGGAAACUCGCAAAGAAAUGCGAGAAGCUUGUCGAGUUGAUGAUGGUGUCGGGAAUUCCAACCGCCUCUGGAUAUGAAGAACGCAUCCGUUUCGCAGAGAUGGAGGUCGUGGACAGGUCGGCUAAUGAGCAGGGCCUUGUCGUCAACAUACCGGAAGGCAAUUUCAUUCACAACUGGGAUGUAAAUGUGGCUGGUGUUAGGACUACUUCUGUGAAGCGCACGAUCCGAUAUCAUCAACAUGCAGAGUUUCUCGUUCGCGUCAAAAGACCAGAUCGACCCGAAUUCUACAUUGGCCGCAGGUAUGGCGACUUUCAAAGGCUGCACAAGAGGUUGCGUACCGAGAUGCCUGGCAAGGUGCUACAACCCUUGCCUCGCAAGAACAAGUCCUCAACGAUGUCAGCCAUCGGUCUGGGUGGGUCGAAUGACGAUGAUGCCUCAUCUGUCUCCUCCGUAUCCACCAUGGACACCGGUAAGGAGACAACCGAAGACCACUCGUCGGCACGUAACCUCAUGCCGAGUGCCGCCCGCCGACUGAAGGCUGGGUCGCUCAGCAGUUCUCCCGGUCGCGGUUCAGGUCGAAACUCGCCAAGACCGAGCAUCGAUGAACGGAGCGAUAGCCCAAAUCCUGUGCGGUUGCAUCGUGAGGAUCAACGCGUAUCUCUACGUGCCUUUCUUCGCACAGUCCUUCAGAAUGAGCAGAUUGCCGAGUCACACGCAAUGGAAGAAUUCCUGACCGCCAAUCCGAUCAAGCUGAACGAAGAAGAGGCGGAGGACAUGGAGCGACGCAAAGAGAUGGAUGCACGCCGCAUUGAGGAGCAAAAGCAGUUCUAUGAAAUCGCACGCAAACGAGCUGCUGAACUCGAUAUCUACAUGGAGAAGUUUCGUCGCGACAUUGUUGAGAGAAAUGGACUGACUAAGCUCUUCGCCGAAAUCAAAGUGAAGAACACCAUUCAGGAGCUCAGUCCGGAAUACCAGAAGUUUGCAGAGUGGCUCCGGAUAGAAGUCGCAGCCACUUUGUACCACCUAUUUCUUGCAGAGGACAAUUCACCCGAGCUUUUCGCCCAGUUCAAGAGGAUACAUUCGCUGAUACCUUACGGCAUGCUGAAGAAUGUCAUACGGAUAGCGAAUCCCGCUGCUGUUAUGGCUGGUGUUCUGGAUCUGUUCCUAGCGCAACCGUUCGGGACAAGAUCCCUGCUACAGCGAAUCUUCUCGCAAGCUAUUCACGAUGGUAUUCGACAAUUACAAAAGUCGAUUGAUGAUCUGUCAGCCAAAGUUGAGGACCCAGUCCUUGUGGGGAAGCUGAAGCAGUUCGUUGACAGUGAUGAAGACGUCAAGGCAGCCAUCAGGUCGGAUGCUGAGGCAGACCAAGUCGACAUCAUUGUCGCAAUCCUUCGAUCAGAAGCUCUGACUCCUGAAUUGAAUGCUAAGCAAAUCGGCACCAUCUUCAACGCUUACGUCGCCUGGAACAGCGCCAUUGAGAACACAGACCAGGAACUCAAAGAAGGCGCGGAGCUAUUCUCUAGACUGAAGCAGUUGGUGAAACUGAUGACACGCCAACGCGACAAGGCCAUGAUGGCCAGUAUGAUUGAAGAGCCCACUACGCUUCGUCUCUUCCGGGAUCUGUUCACCAUCUUCUACGAACCGCUUGUGCGUGUCUAUAAAUCCGCCAACAUCUACAGCAGCAUUACCGACUUUGCAGUCUUCGCCGAUGACGCUAUCAAGGUCAUCGAAUCGGCCCAACGUCAAGACGUGUCAGCCGACCCCAACCAGACCGUUCAGAUGUUCAUCGAUGUCUGCGCUCGCCACGAACACAACUUCUAUAAGUUCAUCCACGAAGUACAUUUACACGACAACGGCUUGUUUGGCGCGCUCAUGGGCUGGAUCGAGGGAAUUCUCGACUUCCUCCGCACCGGACCCAAAGGCGGAAAACUGGACAUGAAUGCCAUUUUCCAGGGUGCCCUGGACAUGGGCACAGUGGAGAAGGAAAAGUGUAUUACCGAGAUCAAUACGCUGAUCAGGUGGCAAGAGGAUCGCAAGAAGUGGCACAGCGACAAGACACGGCAGAAGAUGGCAGCGGAAGGUAUCACGCCGGAUUCCGGCAUGCCUGGCUCAGCAUUCAGAAGCAGCGAUUUUGGGCUAAACGAGUCGGAUCUCGCAGACAUGCGCAUCUCGGAUGAGGAGGCGGACGAAGAGAGCAGUGACGAGGAAGCCGACGACGACUUGGACCCCAUCCAGGCUGAGCGGCGGCGCAGAAAGAAGGCGCAGGAUCGCUUAAGGGCACGCGCGGGCGAGCCCGUGAAGCCCGAGGUCAGCGAAGUGUUGAAAAUGCGUGAAGGAUUCUUGGCCAUGAUCCGUAUGGUUCUGAGCGAGUGA